AUGUUUAAACUUCUCGAAGUAAGCAGACAAUACAAAGAAUUAUUUCACCUGGCUUAUGUAGAAAUGCUGUUCCAUUUUUCUUGGAUUGACUACAUCAAGUGCAGACACAAUGCUUUCUUAAACAUGUUUAGAACUUUAGUAGAAAUUCCAUAAGGCUUUAUAAAGUCUUUCAGACUGGCUAAAUUGCUCUUGGCUCAGUGAUGUCAUUGGUAUUAAAUAUCUGCAGUAAUUCAAGAAAAUAAUAUCUGGAAUCUCCUUACUUAUCUGGAAAAACCACUCAUGUUUCUCUCUUUUAACAUAUUUUGGCCAUGUUGGAUCUUUAGCAAAGACAGAAAGCAGCCGUAUAUUUAGCUUCUCGAGUUGUGAAGAUAAGUUCAGUUUACCAAGAAUUAAGUGCACCUUUGCUAACCUCUAUGAUUUCUCUUUAAAACACUUGAUAUCUUUAUUAAAAAUACAAUAAUCUGUCUUACUAAAUUGGUUUAGCCUAGCAAGUCAGAGUAAGCAAUCAAUAAAAAGGUGCAAUUAAGAAUAAUCUUUUCUCUUCUAACU